AUGAAUAGAGACAAAGCGCGACAAGGUCUUAGAGCACCGACUCUGGGCGGUGCGACGAAAGAAGAUACCCCCAUUGCGCGUCGCGUCGCGUUCCUCCGCGAAGCCGCCCAAGCGUACGUCGAAGACAUUCCCGAAUUGUCGGCGUGGUUGAGCAUGUCAGCGACUACUUUAGCGCGAGAAAACGAGCUAUCGCGAACGCAAAUAAACGCAUACGGGUCUUGUCCAGCGUGUGGCUUACCCAAAGACUCUGAAGAGAUCAGUUGUCGACUGUGUGGUUCUCUGCUGAAGAAGAAACAACGCCGUGCGACCAAGGAUAGUAGACGAGCGCACGGGAGUAGUUAA